AUGUCUGAUCCUAACAAAUUAUUCGAAGUUCUGGCAUCGUGUAUUGGACCGACGCCGUUACCAUAUGCAUGUCGAAUGUAUAUCAAUCGUUCGAUCCUUCCACCAUCGAUUUUAUCAUCUGAACCACUUAUACAAGUUAUUCAAACUGCUGUAAAUGAACGUUUUCAAAAUCAAUUUACCAUUGAUCAAAUUGGGAUAUUAACAAAUCUUAUCGCUAUGAAUAUUUCGUUUGUUCGUAAUGUUUUUUUCAGGCAUGAUUUAGCCUAUAAUAGCGUCGCUAAUCAAUUAUAUCAAACUUCAUUGAUUACUGAAUCAUCAUUUUCUACACGUUUAUUAAAUAUUCAUCAAACAACGAAUAUUUCAUUACAAAGUGUAUCAUUUGGUUACGAAGACCAAAAUCAAUGUUUUAAUAAUAGUAAAUCAUUAGAUCAUACUCUUUCAAAUAUAACUCGUCAAAAUAAAAUAAUAAAUUAUCUUGGUUUUGUUCUUCGAUCUCAUUCAUUAUUUUAUUGUUCAGUUCCAAAAGUAGCUACACGAACUUUACUUAGGUUUAUUACUUAUCUUCAUAUACGUGAUGAUUUAAUUCCUUUACUCAAAAAUCAUUCAAUAUUUAAUAGCAGUGUAAAUUUCACAAAUCAUUUAAAUAUUUUUAAUGUUGCUGAUUUCAAUCAAGUGCUUUUGUCUUCAACUAGGAAUAAUACUCAACCAUCUACGCAUAAUGCAAUUUCAAUUCUUGAAUCACUUCUAUCACGUCUUAUGGUAUUCAAUAAUACACGGUCAAAAACAGUUGAUUUAUGGUCAAUGUAUCAAAGAGAAAGUUUUCCUCUUACUCGUCUUCGUACUUUAUCCGAUCCAUCCAUACUAUUUUCAUCAAAUUUUACUCGUGUAAUUUUUGUUCGUCAUCCAUUCGAACGUUUAGCAUCAGCUUAUGUUGAUAAAAUAGCUACGCUUAAAAAUGAAUCAUUUUCAUUGUAUGACAAUCUUCGUCGAGCAAUUUGUCGAAAAUAUUCUUCGUUUUAUUUAAAAAAAGCUAAAAGAGGUUUUUAUCGCAUUCAUAAACGCAUAUCAAACAAAAUGAAGGAACCUUGUCAAAAAAUAAUUCCAAAAUUUGAACAUUUCAUUCGUUAUAUAAUGUCUGAUUCAUUACACGACGAUGUUCAUUGGCAAUCCUAUUCAAAAUUAUGUCAUGCUUGUUUAUUCAAAUAUAAUUUCAUUGGAAAAUAUGAAACAAUAGAAGAAGAUUUUCAACGAUUAAAGUUAUAUCUUGGAUUAAAAUCAAUUAAUUCAAAUAAUGAAAAGUAUUUUACGACAGGAAAAACAAAAGAAUAUUACAAAUCAUUGUAUUCGAAUUUACCUAAUGAAUUAAUUUCAACAACAGCAACAACAAAUGAUAUAUUAAAACUUGUUCGAGGUGAUUCAAAUAUUAAACUUGUCUAUAUAUGUGCUAAACAUUUUGGAACAUUAACACUUGUUGAUACAAUUGCACGAGCAAGUGAAAUAACUUAUUAG